AUGAAGUUUCACAGGGCUGGUGAAUUUGUGGAAAUAGCCAGCAACGAAGAAGGCUUUCUUGGAUCUUACUACGAGGCAACGGUGGUGGCGACGGGGCAGUUAAGGAAAGAAUACAUGGUUCAGUAUCAUACUCUAUUGAAGGAUGACAUGUCUGGGCUGUUAAGAGAGAUUGUCCCCGCCUCCGAGGUCCGUCCGCCGCCACCGGAGAUUCCGGUGACUGAGUUCAAACUGUACGAUCAGGUCGAUGCUUUUGACAACGACGGAUGGUGGGUUGGGACGGUCAUUGCGAGGUUUGGAGACAAGUAUGUUGUGUAUUUUGAAUGUUCUUCAAAAGAUGAAUUUGUUUACGAUUCUGAGAGGCUGAGAAUUCAUCAAGAUUGGGUUAACGGCAAGUGGGUUCUUCCCAAGAAUCAAGUCAGGAGAUUUUUUCAUUAG